UCCGCUUCCUCGACGGGGCUCCGAGUCUGCCUGCUCGUGUCGCCCCCUGCUGGAAGAAGGACUCCGAGGACCGCACUCCAGCGCCCGGCUUAGACGCCCCUCUUGCCCCGGGGAAGCUCGGGAAAGUCCCGGCUGGCCCGCUCCCUCGGCCUCUGUGCGGAGGAGAGAGCGAGACAGACUGACCCGACUCCCUGCCAGCGCGCCCGGGCUGCCCGCCACCCCCCCUCGGGGACUCACCGGCCGCUCUCUUCGCAGGCCCGGACGGCCCCAGGCAGCAUGAGACGGGCGCUGCUGCCCCUCCUCGUGGCCUCGCUCCUGCUGCUCUCGCGGGCGUCCGCUCGCCUCACGGACUUCGAGGGCCCCGGGGAGCGCGGGCUGAGCCUCCGGCUGAAGCUGCUGCCCUUGGGCCAGGCUCGUCGCGCCGGCACCCGGGGGCCCCUGCUGGCUCCCUCCUCGCCGGCUCCCGGACCCGACGGGGCGGCCUUGGCGAGGCGGCCCCUGACCCGGGCGGCUCCGGCGGGGGAGCUGAGCGAGCGCCUGAAGCGCCAGGAGUGGCCCAACUCCAUCGACCUCACCUUCCACCUCCUCCGCCACAUGCUCGAGAUCGCGCGCCUUCAGAGCCAGCAGGAGCAGGCCGAGGAGAACCGCCUCGUCUUCGAGGACCUGGGCAAGUGACGCCGACCGGCCGGCCACCCGGGAAAGCCA